GAUUAACGGCACAUAGAAAUAAACAGAUAUAUAUCUAUAUAUAUAUAUCUCAAAUAUAUAUAUAUUUAUAUAUACAUAUAUAGAGAGUUAUUAUGUACAUGUCUGCGUAGAAAAAAGGAGGCUGAAAAGCAGCGUUCAAGAAAAUCCAUCUGUAUGUGUGUUGUUGUUGGUGCGCCGCUGCGAAAAAUACAACAAAUUUUCAUGUAUUUGCACAAAACGUUGGUUACAUAAAAAAAGAAAAAUUCUCGAGUAACCAAAUAAAUUUAGCGCAAAUCUUAACACAAUACUGCUACGAACAUUCAAAAAACCCAUAAAAAAAUGUUGUACCAACGCAGUUGAUUAAGACAAACACACAAAAAAUAAAAAAAUAAAACCAAGAAACCAAAAAUAUAAUAAAUAUACAUAACCAAAAACCAACACCAAAUAAAAUAAAUUAAAAUAAAACAAAAGUAUUUAUAACGAUAAGCGAUUAAAGCCUAAGCAUUAAUAGUUUAAAACUAGUCUAACUGACAGACAGAGACACCCUUCUUUGACCUGGUGCAACUGAAACCGAACAGUUCUUAAACCAAAAACUAAAAACCAAAAGAAAAAAAAAAAACAACAAGCUCUAAAAUGGCCGACAAGAAGAUUGGUGAAUACUAUUCCCCACCGCCAAAGAUGGGCAAAUGGGAGGGUUUCAAAAAAUUCCUAUGGAACAGUGAAACUAGCCAAUGCCUCGGACGUACCGGAUCCAGUUGGGCAAAAAUUCUACUUUUCUAUAUUAUAUUCUACGCGGCGUUAACCGGAUUCUUUGCUGCCAUAUUCGCGGUGUUUUAUCAGACAUUGGAGGCUGAUAAACCUAAAUGGAUGCUUGACAAUGGAUUGAUUGGAUCGAAUCCAGGACUUGGCUUCCGACCAAUGCCCCCAGAGGCGAAUGUUGAGAGCACUCUUGUCUGGUACGAAUCAUCGAAGCAGGACAACUAUAAGUAUUGGGUUGAUGAAACUUCAUCAUUUCUGAAAGCUUACGACGAUUUGCCCAAGAAGAAUCAAGUGAACUGCUCAUUCGAGAAUCCCCCCGUUGAAGGCAAAGUGUGCGGUAUUGAUAUUCAAAGCUUUUCGCCCUGCACUGCUGAUAAUAACUUUGGUUAUCAUGUGGCCCGACCCUGCAUAUUCCUUAAGUUGAACAAGAUAUACAAUUGGAUGCCAGCAAUUUACAACGAUUCAAAAGCUUUGCCCAAUGACAUGCCCGAGGAGUUGAAACAGCACAUCAAGGAAAAGCAGAGCCUUCGACCAAAUGAGACUGGUGUUGUUUGGGUAUCGUGUGAGGGUGAAAAUCCUGCUGAUGUUGAGAACAUUAAGGCCCGCGAUUAUUAUCCUCGCAUGGGUUUCCCCCAUUACUACUUCCCAUUCAAAAAUAUUGAGGGCUACAUUCCGCCAAUUGUUGCUGUUCAAUUCACCGUCGAAACUGGCGUAUUGAUCAACAUUGAGUGCAAAGCCUGGGCUCAUAACAUCCAUCACGAUCGCUCGGAUAGGAGAGGAUCCGUCCACUUUGAGUUAAUGGUCGAUUAAGCAAAUCGCAAUGGGAUAGUAUCACAAAAAGGCUACAAGCUUGAAGAACAGCAGCAGGAGGAACUGGAAGGUUACGGAUGGAAGAGUGGUGGGCGUGACAGAAGUGAGAAGGAUCCGCUAACGGACAGGAGUGACGUGACAUCAAAUAGGCCUACAAAACAAGCAGAUAAAGAUGAAAAUAAAGCAGAGUCACGUUAAACAAAAAUAUAAAAAAUAAAAAAAAGACAGUGACAAACACACACAAAAAGUAGCAGCAAGCAAAAACAAAAUUGAACAAAAAAGCUAAAGUAAUAAUAAUGAGAAAUAAAUACAGCAACAACCAAAGAAAAAUCUAAAACAGAGCUACAAGAAUAAAAGAAAAGCAAAAGCAAAAGGAAAGCAAAACAAAAAAACGAAUAAAUUAAAAUAAUAUUAUUAACUCUAGCGCUAAAAAGCUAAAACUACCCAACGCUAUCAAUACGCUCCAUACACAUGCAUACACACAUCUACACAGACACACGCACACCUACAGACAAAACCAUAUAACUUAAUUUGUUAGGAGAAUUUUAUUUAGUUAACAAUUUAGGCAAAAAUAGCAAAUGGUUAAAAUUGGCAAAACACAUAAUUUAGCGCAAAUAUGAUAUUAAUAAAAGAAAAGAAAUGAAUUAAUAAAAACCAAUUGUUGUUAACAAAUUCUACUUUGUUUUUGGUGUAAUUUAAUAAAGAUAUAAACGACUAACAGCGCAGCGAAACAAAUUAUAAACAAAUGAAUGCAGCAACUGUUCUUAAUUCAAUGAGAAACGUGUUAAAUAAAAAAUAAAAACAAAAAACAAUUAUUUAUAUUUAUAAUAUUUAAAUAAAUACUUAUAUAUGAAGAAACAAAAGUAAAAAAUAAAUGGAAAAUUGGAACGCAUAUAUAAACACAACAUAUGUAUACAUACAUAAUUGCAUACAUUAGAAACAUGAUCCAACCAACCCAAAAAAAAAAACCAAAAAAAAAAACAAAAAAAAAUCAAGUAUAUAAUUUGUUUAAAUUUGUGAAAAAUUUAAACUGUCGGCAUUACUCCCAUGAACAGCAAGAGCAAAUCAUAAAGAAAUGUAUAACAGCAAAUUUCUAAAGCAAACAAUAUAACUGUAGAUUUAAAAAAUACAAAACAAAACCGAAACCGAAACAAAUGAAUAAGAAAUUAACUGCAAAGCAUAGUAAAGAAAAGUAAAGAAAACUAAGACGCAGAAUAUUUGAUAAACACAAAAUAAACAAACGCAUAUAAAUGCAAAAGGAAAACCCACAACAAACACAUUUAAAAUUAAUACUCUUCACUUAUUAUGAAAAACCAAAAAAACAAAAUAAAAAUAAAUAAAAGUAAAAGUAAAAUAAACAAGAUCAUUAAUGUGAAAAUUGCAUGAAAAUAAAAAGAAAUAUACAGAAAAAAGCAAAAAAAAAAAAAAAAAACUAUAAAACAUAAUAAUAAUUGAGGCAAAACCGAUAAAUAUAGCUGAAAGUAAAGUACAGAGUAACUGGUUACAAUAAAACAAAAAGAGUAUAUAAAAUUAAAAUAUAUUAUGUAUACAAGGAAUCCCAAAGAAAGAUUAAUAAUAAUAAAACGAACUUAAUUUAACUAAACAACAAAAAAAACCCUACCGUUUCGAUAUAACAUUUUUAACAGCCAUCUCUUAGCAGACGUAGAACCAGAAACCAGGGGCGAUCCAAAUAACCGACCUUCCAGCGAAAGAAUGUGAGGGCAGCACCACAACAGAUACAGAUACACCUUCCCAUCCAUCCACUGCUUAGGCAACUUUUUGAAAUGUGUGUUGAAAAAUUAUUUUCUAUUAUAUAUUUUGAAUAUUCGUUUCGAAAACAGAUUUCCUUAAGUUACAAUUUACUUUGAUUCUUAGUAAAGCAAAAUUCAUAUUUACGCCUCAACUAACUUAAUAACUUUCUCGCUCUAUUGAGACACCCCACCCCAUAAAAAGUAAAUAAAAUAAAAAAAAAAAAUUAAAAAUAAUAAAAAAAAAAACAAAUAAAAAGCUACAUCUCUUAACUGGCAUACUAAGCUUUAUAACUACCCCCUUUUACCAUCCAAUUAA